ACAAACCCAAUGCGCUUUCGUAUAAUCAGCUGUGCAGCACACAUUACUUUGAGGUUAUCUCAUAUAGUGAGGUGCCAAAUUGCUUAAAAAUCGAGUACAAACGCUACAAUUAACAGCGAAGAUGGCUGGUGAAAGUGAAUCUAUCGACUACAACAGCCCCUAUGCUAACUACAGGUCCCCACUUAGCACUAGGUACGCUAGCAAGGAAAUGCUGUACAAUUUUAGCGACCAAAAGAAAUUUUCCACUUGGAGGAAAUUAUGGAUUAACUUAGCCAAAGCAGAAAAGGAACUUGGUUUAGACAUCACAGAUGCCCAAAUCACUGAAAUGCAGAAAAACAUCCACAACAUUGAUUUUGAUGCGGCCGCAGCUGAAGAAAAGCUGACGAGACACGAUGUUAUGGCCCACGUUCACGUUUUCGCCAAACAAUGCCCCACCGCAGCCCCAAUAAUACAUCUGGGAGCCACUUCCUGCUUUGUUGGAGAUAACACUGAUCUAAUCAUUCUUAGAGACGGUUUGGAUCUGUUGAUGCCACGUGUAGCUGCUGUAGUUCAGAAUUUGGCCAAUUUUGCCCAACAAUACAAGUCUUUACCAGCUUUAGGUUUCACUCAUCUCCAACCAGCUCAGUUGACCACUGUAGGUAAAAGAGCUACCCUAUGGCUUUUCGAUUUUCUCAUGGACGAAAGGGCUUUACGUAGAGCUAGAGAAGACUUGAGGUUCCGCGGUGCCAAAGGAACCACGGGUACACAGGCUUCUUUCAUGCAGCUAUUCGAUAGCGACAGUAAAAAAGUACGCGCUUUGGAUCAAAGAGUUACCGAACUUUGUGGAUUCAAUAAACUGUACCCUGUGACAGGUCAAACUUAUACUAGGAAGGUUGAUGUUGAAAUUGUUGGUUGUUUGUCAUCUUUAGGUGCUACCAUACAUAAGAUGUGCAGUGAUUUGAGGUUGUUGGCCAAUAUGAAAGAAAUCGAAGAACCAUUCGAAGCUAGUCAAAUCGGUAGCUCAGCCAUGCCAUAUAAAAGAAACCCCAUGAGAUCUGAAAGAUGCUGUGCUUUGGCUCGCCACUUAAUGGCUUUAUAUUCCAAUGCAACCAAUACGCACUCGGUGCAGUGGCUUGAAAGAACUUUGGACGAUUCAGCCAAUAAGCGCCUUACAUUAUCAGAAGCCUUCUUAAGUGCUGACGCAGCCUUACUAGUACUAAUAAACAUAACUCAAGGCCUAGUAGUGUACCCCAAAGUAAUCGAACGUAGGAUUAACCAAGAGUUACCUUUUAUGUCCGCGGAAAAUCUCAUAAUGGCCAUGGUAAAAAAAGGCGGUGACAGACAAGUGUGUCAUGAAAAAAUCCGUGUACUCUCACACGAAGCCGGUGCCCAAGUUAAACAACAUGGCAAAGACAACGAUUUUCUAGACAGGGUGCGUGCUGAUCCCUACUUUAAACCGAUAUUGGCCGAUAUCGAUAGCCUACUCGAUCCUUCAACAUACAUCGGUCGUGCUGCAGAACAAGUCACAGAGUUUUUGGAAGAAGAAGUUCAACCUGUUUUGAGUCAAUACGAGAAAGUAUUAAAGUCUCAGAACAAACCCGUCACGUUAAAUAUUUAAUUGUUAUUGUUUGUAUAUAAGUAAAAAUAUAUUUUUACCACAA